GCCGGGGUUUCGCCGUGGGCCUGUAGUAGUUCAGUGUUCGGGAAAGGUCGUUCAUUGCGGUGCUAGGCCUGCUGGUGUAUCUGCUGGCCACUGCCGCUGCGGGUGAGCGGAAGCCGAAGGGGCGCAGCGGCGCAAGGAGCCGCCAGGAUGAAGCUGGUGAGGAAAGACCUGGAAAAAGAUAAUGCGGGGCAGGUGACGCUCAUCCCCGAGGAGCCCGAGGACAUGUGGCACACCUACAACCUGCUGCAGGUGGGUGACAGCUUGCGGGCCUCCACCAUCCGGAAGGUGCAAACCGAGUCGGCCACCGGCAGCGUGGGUAGCAACCGCAUCCGCACCACCCUCACGCUCUGUGUGAAGGCCAUCGACUUUGACUCGCAGGCCUGCCAGCUACGGGUCAAGGGCACUAAUAUCCAAGAGAACGAGUAUGUCAAGAUGGGAGCCUACCACACCAUCGAACUGGAACCCAACCGGCAGUUCACGCUGGCGAAGAAGCAGUGGGACAGUGUCGUGCUGGAGCGCAUCGAGCAGGCCUGUGACCCAGCCUGGAGUGCCGAUGUGGCAGCCGUGGUAAUGCAGGAAGGGUUAGCUCAUGUCUGCCUGGUCACUCCCAGCAUGACGCUUACCCGUGCCAAGGUGGAGGUGAACAUCCCCCGCAAGCGGAGAGGGAACUGCAGUCAGCACGACCGGGCCCUGGAGAGGUUUUACGAACAGGUGGUGCAAGCCAUCCAGCGACAUAUCAACUUUGAGGUGGUGAAGUGUGUACUGGUGGCCAGCCCAGGCUUUGUAAGGGAGCAGUUUUGUGAUUACAUGUUCCAACAGGCAGUCAAGACUGACAAUAAGCUUCUGCUUGAGAACAAGUCCAAAUUUCUACAGGUGCACUCUUCCUCGGGACAUAAAUACGCAUUGAAAGAAGCCCUGUGUGACCCAGCUGUAACUAGCCGUCUUUCUGACACUAAGGCAGCUGGUGAGGUCAAAGCCUUAGAUGACUUCUAUAAACUGCUGCAGCAUGAGCCUGACCGGGCUUUUUAUGGUCUAAAACAAGUGGAGAAGGCCAAUGAAGCCAUGGCUAUUGAUACUUUGCUGAUCAGUGAUGAGCUUUUCCGGCACCAGGAUGUGGCAACACGUGCCCGAUAUGUUAAAUUGGUAGAUAGUGUACGGGAGAACAUGGGCACAGUGCGCAUUUUCUCCAGCCUUCAUGUGUCUGGAGAACAGCUUGGCAAGCUGACAGGGGUGGCAGCCAUCCUGCGCUUUCCUGUGGCUGACCUCUCUGACCAGGAAGAUGAAUCUAGCUCUGAAGAGGAUUGAUAACAGUGACAUCAUUUCACAGUUUGUUUUCCAAGUCAUGUUGAAAUGAAAUUAAAUGUCCUCCCUUCCUAAAUAACUGUGUGCAUAUGUGCCAUGACAUGUAAUUUGAUUUUUUUAAUUUAAUUUCUUACAGUAUAUAGCUCUGCUCAGCACACUUAUGGGGAUAUCUGUUUUGCAAUAGUGCUUAUUGGUAUGCCGUGCAUUGGAACUGACUGGUUUUGCAAAUUACACCCUGGACCUCCAGCAGCACAAGAAACUAAUCUGACUGCCCAAAGCUGUGCAUUCUGCAAAUUAGGGCAGACUGGCAGCUUAGUGCUUUUAAAUGUGUAUGAAAAGAUAAUAAACUAAGAGGGAGAAAAUUACAUGAAACUGCCUCUUCAAAUACUUAAAAAGAGUUGUGAAAUAAAUAUAAACUCGUUAACACGAGGCCUAUCAAAACCAUACUUGAUAUUCUUAGUAACUCACCAUUCUUCCUAAGAUGCGGCAGAUGAGUGGGAUCAAUAAAUCUUGCAGAAACCAGACCCUUUAAAUUAACUUUUUUCCAUCAUAAUAUUGACGAUUUGUGAAGUUCGUUGCACCCAUUUCAGUUAUUUGGAAUGCUGGGGAGAUUGUCCUGAAGGCUUAGUAGGUGUGAUGUGUCUUGCUGGUUAUGUUCUGAUAAAAUGGCAUUGGGAUUAUUUAGUUUCAGCUCUGAGCCUAUGAGAAGGCUUACAGAAUUAAGAUCCUCGUUUCCAUGAGGAAUCUUUUAAUUGAGUUUAAGCUAAUUUUUCUCUUUAUGUACCUCUUUAAAAACCAUGCUGAAGGUGAAAUACAGAAGAUUACAGAUUUACAAAUUAAACUUCAUCUUAAGUGUAAAAGCCAAAAUUACUUUCCCAGUUAUUUGAUCUGAAAGUAUGGAGAGCAACCAAGUUUGUUUUUUUUUUUUUGCUUCACUGGAGACUAAAACUUAGGCUGAGGAAGCAGAAACAGCUUUCCAAUUCUGACACACCUUCAAGGGAAUCGUUCAGUUUAAACCAGAGUUUGAUGAUGUAGGUUGUGUGUGUUAAUAAGCGUUCAAUUUUUCAGUGCCAGGGGAGGGGGAGAGUGGGAGAGGCUUGAAUUUAAGAAGCCUGUGUGUGAUGGUUUGAAACUGUCUUUUUAAUUUUUCCUUGCAAAGUUCAGAACAGAGAAAGUGAAAGAAUGUAAAAUAAGUCACUAUUGGGUGUAAGAAAGCAAAA